CCGGAUGCUUUGUUUACAUUUAAUCCUUUGCAAAAACUCUUGUAUUCUAUAGUUUAUCAUAUUAUUUAAUAAUUUUUGUCAAUAAUACUUGGAGUGAACAUGAAACCUGAUAACUUAAACAAUCUCUCGCAUAAUCCUCAAGGAUCAUUCGGUGACUCGAACACUGAAAACAAUUCGGAUUCGCUCAGCAGCGAUACAGAUGUUGAAGGUACGAGUUGUGCGGCAAGCACAUUAAGGGGAACAAAGCCAAAAUAAAUGAUCUGGUUUCCAAGUUGACUAUUGCCGAAAUGCAAUUAGCUUGUGAAAAAGAAAAGUCCAAUAAUAAGGAUCAAUUAAUCAAGUCUUUGAAUAUGUCGAUAGAUUUGGUGAAUCAAAACAAAGACUUAAGUAUACAGCAAAUGCACAGUCAAAAUGUGGAGCUUAAAAAUGCGCUUGAUUUGAGUCAGAGUCAGGCGCUUACCGAGAAUAAAGAUAAGGAAUCAUCCGGUUCUCAAGAUAAAUAUACGAAAAAUAUUGAAGAUUUGAAUGCCAAAAUUAUUCAGUUGGAACGUAAAGUCAAGGAGAAGGAUGAUCAUAUUGCCGAGUUUCAACAGAAAUUUAAAAUCAAUAUGAGCGAGAUAAAAGAAGAAAUCGAGUUGGACAUGAAAACCAAUAUUAAAGAGAAGGAAGAGCACAUAACCCAGCUAGAAGCCAAGAUAAGUCAAAUGAAUACAAAACUUUCUGAGUUCACCCUAGACACUAACAGUUGCCAGAAUCCAAGCGAAUCUUUCGUAUUUCUUAACUGCACUACGAUUCCUUCAAUUAAACUGAUAACACUCCAUGACUCCGAACCCUUCGGAGCUGUUUUUGAGGAUAUUCCAUCCGCCGGUCCUGGUUGGAUGGUCAUCCAACGUCGAUUUGACGGAAGUGUGCUUAUGAAAAAUGAAGACCAUUUUUUCAUUGGCUGUGGAGAUUUAGGUGGUGAAUUCUGGAUCGGAAGUGAAAAAUUGCAUAAGUUGACUGCCAGUCGUCGGCAUGAGUUGUACAUUCAACUGGUCGACUUUGAUAAUGUUGUUGCUUUCGCCAGAUAUGACCACUUUAUUAUUGGAGACUCUAAAAAGCGAUACAAACUGCUGUCCCUUGGUAAAUACUCAGGAAAUGCUGGCGAUGCUUUGUUGAGUCAUAUAAACAAAGAUUUUCAAGGCGACGGAUAUUGUGGAUGGUGGGAUAGAACCGAUUGUAAUUUGAACGGAAACUUCUACGACUGUAAAAGGGAGUUGAGAGACUGGGAUGGAAUUUGGUGGGGUCGUUGGAACAUGGGAAAAAGAUAUUCUCUUAAAUCGUGCAAAAUGCUAAUACGGCCAAAAACAUAAAUAAGUCUGCCGAAGGCGGUUAAAGGUGGACAAUAUGAUACAAAUGUAUAAAUAAGUUUAAUGUACUAAAUAUAUUCCAAACAAAUAAACCUAAAAACAAGAA